AUGCGGCUCGUCCGCCGAAUCUGGCCGGCACCCGAUGUUCCCAGGCAGGCGGCGCCAGGAUCAACUACAAAUGGCAUCAUCAAGCGCAGAGGCUGGCUGCCACCAUCUCUACAACCCCCGUACCUCAUCUCAGUAUCCAUCAUUCUGCUCUUGAUGACAAUAGCUAUCGAAAUCCUCCGUCAGUACUCAAUUCGCCAUGAUGGAGUUGUCCAGUACAAACGGAAAGCAGACCUUUCAUCAGCAGCAUGGCGAGCCUGCAUCACUUCGCCUACUGCCUUUGCCUUGGGGGCAAUGUUGCUGUGGGGGAUCUGCGCCCAGGAUGUCUUGCGUCUAGAACCAUAUUUCUGCUUAGCGAGCGAGCACGGUGCGCCUGCCAGUGUUCUUUUCAUCAACUAUCGACUCGACGUUGGGAUUCUGGCUCCCAUUCGUGCCGCGCGGAACAGGCAUUACGUUGUGCUUUGCGUGUCGGUGAUGUCGCUACUCAUGCGCAUUGCUCUGCCUUCGGUACUCUCUGGUCUAAUUGUAACCACCCCGUUGACGAUCCUGGAGAGGAAGAGUGGGAGUACUUGGCCUCAUUUGGUGGAUCUGGAUCUGCAGGAACGCUGGUAUUCCACUGCAGUUGCAGGUGGGUUUCUGUACGGUAUACCUGGUGGCAACAAUUCUGGGGAUUCUUCCUCGUCAAGCUACGCCAUAGCGCCGGUGUCAAUUGCCGUUGACGCGGGCAUUUACAUAUCUGCAUUAAACCAAACUGUUUAUUGGUCAAGUAUGGCUUGUUCGAACGUGAGCUUGACAAGAACACUGCCCACCACAAUCUCCAGUCACAAUUCGACGGCCAACCUCGUCUCGUCUUUGUACCUCGCCAAUGUCACAGUUCCAGUGGUAGGCGACUCCCAAUGCCGGGUUACAAUUGAUCUAGACACCAUGAUCCCAAACUCGGAUGGGCGUUUCCAAGCCCGCCACUGGGAGCCGAUGCAGCUCAGUUCAAAUUUGUCCUCCCCAUCCGCCUUUACCACGAGCAGCUGCCCCUCCGUGGGUCUAGCCGGUGUGAUUGUGGACGCGGAGAUUAAAGACGGGACAUCCGCCCAAUUGAAUAUAACCACUUUUGUGUGUGAGCCUGUCUAUCAACGAGCGAUGGCCAACGUCUCGUCUAUAUCGGACUCUACCGCGCCCAGCGUCGAAAUAUACUCUUCUACAGUCAGACCCUUGACUGGCCAGGAAUUCAGCAUGCACGGUCUACAACUUCUAAUGUCGUCUGCGCCCACCGCUGGUGCUGAUCCAUCGCUCAACACGAUCACCAACCUGGCAAACCCAGCAAAUCAGUCCCGCGUCACCCUCAUUGGCGGUUCAGACAUUUAUCACCUCGAAGAAUACCAGGGUCAACUCAACAAUCUGUGGAAUGCCGAAUUCAUUACCACGAUCAACAAAUUCAUUGAUCUCGCAGCUAGCGCAUCUCAAGUCGACGCAGAACUAGUGGUAGGAGCGCUUGCUCUCACCGUAAUACCCAAGGCCGCCGCAAUCGCCGAGACGAUUCUGGUUCUCGCCUCUUUUGUCCUCCUCUUUCUGGCCCGUAGAUAUCGCAGAUCUCCCAGUCUUCUCUGUGAGGACCCCGGCUCUAUUGCCGCACAGUGCGCGUUCAUUGCCCGUCUGAUUAGCCCUCAGACGCUCCAGGCGCUUUCCCAAACCCCCUUUCACUCGGCAAAGACACGCGAACUCCGCCGGUGGGCCAGACAGUUUUGGUGUGUCUGGGAAAAGGGACCAAGAGGUGCCCAGCUCCGAAUAUCCGCGCGUGAUGGGACUCCUCUAGCGGCGUGCGCACCGCCAACCUUGUCAGGCCGUAAAGACCCAAUGCCGCAUUUCCUGACGCUCCCAUGGUUUUCCAUCGAGUGUGUUCUACUUGUGGGCGCGAUAGCCGCAUUCGGUCUCGCAUACAGAUAUACCGAAUCCCACAACCUAGAGUCGCUCACCUCGAAAGGACUUGUGAUAACAGUUUUCUUCCUGAUCUUCGGACCGACCUUGAUUUCCUCGAUCAUAAGCUCGCUCUUUGAUUCCAUCCAUCGCCAAGUCAGCGUCACGGAUCCAUGGAUCCGAUUACGCAAGGGCGCACUCUCCGCGGAGCAGCUGUCUGCUUCGAAUCAGACCUUCCUCUCGGCCCUUGUUGCGGCCCUGCGGUGGCCAUCUUCCAUCACCCCGGCCAUUUCCGCCCUCUCUUUUAUUUGUCUGCUCAACCUUGUCCUUAUCCUGCUGUGCGGUGGACUAUUUGAGCCGCAGCAAAAGAAUUAUGUUGUUGAAACACCCCUAGCGGCUGCGUACAAUUCCUCCCACUUUGCAACCCCGCGACUGCAGGCUGAUUUCCGUGGCUAUGACUCUGCUGUACAUGCCGUGGCGACGGAUGCGUUGUACGAAGCCUGGACCACGAUGGCCUACUCGGCACUGCUACUCUCGACUGAUGAGUCCGAAGAGUCGACAGGCGUUGUAUAUAGCGCUGCUACUAGGGGUAUUGGUACGGAGCUCCAGUGUGUCGAGGUUCCCCAUGACGGUCUAUACAUUGACGCUGUUCGUCGGACGAUGAACUGGACUUAUACUCCCUUUGGUGUUUCGGACAGUCUGUCAUGUAGUGUGGAGUUGGCGCUGGAUAGCCAUGGCGCUAGCGAGAAUAGAUUAUCGAUCCGGUAUGCAUGGCCCACCAGUGGAAGCUCCAUGUGCCAACGUCAAACAUUCUUCAUCGCCGCAUCCUGGAUCGAUAACGCCGGUGCGUCCCUGGAUGCGCAGAACCUCACGACUCUGCAUUGUCAGCCGAAAAUCGUCAUUCAGGACUACAAGGUCCAAUUUACUCCUCGCGGUAUUAUUCAAGAGUCCGAGGCCGUUGCCGACAGUUCUGUCACCACUGGGGCCUUGUUCAACAAUGCCUCCAUGGCGCUCGGUGACUUCAACCAGGGCCUGGGACAAUUUGUUCGACGUAUAGGCGCGCAGGAGCAGCAACACCACGCACUGCCUUACCAAUCCUCCUUUCCAGGCCGCAUCACCGGCGAGAUGUACAUGUCCUACGCCUUUGAACAUUCUAUACAAAACCCUCCAACGACACCACCCGACCCAAACACCCUAAUCCAAGCAGCGCAGUCUCUCUACCAAGCAACCUUCAGCACCUACCUCACGCGCCGCAGGGACUACUUCCUCACCCCUCUACCGCCGGACACAGCGCCCUCCGUCAACGCAACAGCCACAUACACCCCCUGGGGCCUAAUGCCCUCGCGAAACUCCAUGGCCCUCAUCAUCGCAAUAAUCUGCAUCGACGUGCUCGCCCUCAUCGCCGUUUUUGCCCUUUACUAUGGGCGCUAUGACGCGCCGCGGAUUCCCACCACGCUAGGGUCCUUGAUGCCGUGGGUUUCGGGGAGUGAUGAUAUGCUACGGGAUCUGGGGAAAGCGUAUGGGGCGGGUGGGGAGGGGAGGGUUGCGGGUUCGCCGGGGAAGGACAGGGAGUAUUGCCUGCGGCCGGGGGUCGAUGUAGCUGGGAAGGGGGUGUGGGUGUUGGACUAUGCUGGGAGCGAGGUGGAGGGGACGGAGUUGGAUAUCAUCGCGCAGUCGGCACGUCCAGAUCGGACAGUAGGGAAUCUAUGA